AUGCUUUCACUUAUACAAAUUUUAGUGUUAGUCUUGGCGGUUCCUGUAAGGGCUGUAUUGCCUCUGCAGAUUCAAAAUCAUCGAUUUAUCAAGGCCACAUCUGCAGAGAAUAAUGCUCGGGAUAAUGAAAUCUAUUUUGUCAAAGGGAUAGAUUACCAACCCGGAGGUUCCUCAGGUUUCAAUUCCUACGGUGUGCAUGACACUUUAUCAGAACCUUCACAAUGCGCUAGAGACAUAUAUGCAUUCCAACAAUUGGGGAUUAAUACGAUUCGAAUUUAUCAGUUGAACCCUUACUUAAAUCAUGAUGAAUGUAUGACGAUGCUGAACAAUGCCGGGAUUUAUGUUAUUCUAGACGUCAAUAGCGGUAAUGUUGGUGAACAUCUAAAUAGAGCAGAUCCAGAAGGGACUUACAACGCCGAUUAUUUGAGCAGAGUCUUUAAAUUUAUCGAAUCAUUCAAAAAUUAUCCCAACGUUCUCGGAUUCUUCUCUGGUAAUGAGGUGAUCAACGACGAUAAGGACUAUGCAGAAAUUGAUCCACCAUUCCUACGUGCUCUACAGCGCGAUAUGAAGCAAUACAUUUCAAGGCAUUGCGACAGAACCAUCCCGGUUGGAUAUUCAGCUGCUGAUAAUACAGCUCUGAGAUUAGCGACUUUCAAAUAUCUACAGUGCAAUUCCUGGGAUGGUACAAGUGUUUCUGAAGAACUAGACGAAUCUCGAUCUGAUUUCUACGGACUUAACAGUUACCAGUGGUGCUCAGGAAGUUCCAACUGGCAAAAUUCUGGUUACAGGGAAUUGGCCCAAACUUUCAACGAUCCUAAGAUUCCCGUAAUAUUCUCAGAAUAUGGAUGUAAUCAGAAUUCGCCGAGAACUUUUGACGAGGUGUCUCAGGGUUUAUACGAUGGAUUGAAAGACACAUUUUCUGGCGGACUAAUCUACGAAUUUUCAGAGGAAGCCAAUAGUUAUGGUGUGGUAUGCAUUGAUGAUGAAGACAAAUCCCUAACGUACAAGAAGGAUUUUGAAAAUUUAGCUUAUCAAUUCAGCCAACUCGAUUUACCGCGAACGAAACAAUUCCAACUGUCUAAUUCUAGUGUCAGUAAAUGCGAUGCCGCUGCAAUAAAAGCCGUCUACAAGAAAUUCGGAACCAAAGAUUUUGAGAUCCCUGAUCAACCGGCUGAUAUUACAUUUAUGAUUGAACAUGGCGUCGGUGAUGUGACCCCAGGUUCCAUCAUUGGCAAUUACUCAAAUCCUAAAAAAUUAGAUUACGAAGUUAAAGACGUCAAGGGUAAACGUGUCGAUGCAACUUUAACGUGGGAGAAGAGCAACAAAAUCAACGAAUUUUAUCAUAAGGCGGGAACCUCGAACCGAACGUUUAAAGCUCCCAUUAUUACUUCUUCCGUCUUUCAACGGAGGAACUCCUCCACUAGACCCUCCACAACAUCCUUGUCCUCGAAAGAAUUACGUACUACUACUUUGAAAGCUACAACUUCAGAAAUCAAGAAAAGUAAAGCCCAAGCCGCCGAGUUGCAGGUCACAGGUGGCACUAUAAUUGGAUUAGUAGCAGUUCUAUUAUCAAUUGUAUAA